GCGGCGCUGAAACUGUGAGGACCGUCUGGGUGCGGAGUCACGGUCCGGACCUGGUCUCUGGGAUUAUAUAACCCGACGCAGGCCGUGUAGCUCCUCCGUCUCUCUUCCGAACCUGACCCCCGCACAGAUGGGUGAGGAGCAGAAGAGCCCGGAUGGAGUCCGGUACUUCAGGCUGUCAGAGAUCGAGGAGCAGAACUCCUUCAAGUCCACCUGGAUCAUCAUCCACAACAAGGUCUACGAUGUGACCAAGUUCCUGGAGGAGCACCCCGGAGGCGAGGAGGUUCUGAGGGAGCAGGCCGGAGGAAACGCCACUGAGAGCUUCGAGGACGUGGGCCACUCCACGGACGCCCGGGAGAUGGCGAGCGGUCUGGUGAUCGGCGAGGUCCACCCGGACGACCGGUCCAAGAUCGCCAAACCUGUGGAGACGCUGGUGACCACGUUGAAGGAGGAGAGCAGCUGGUGGUCCAGCCUGGUGGUCCCGGCUCUGGCGGCGGCCAUCGUCACGCUGAUGUAUCGCGUCUUCACCUCGGAGAGCGCCUGACGUCAUCAGACACGCCGCUGUGAUGUCAUCACUGGGCGACAGCGGCGCCUUAGCUCCGUCCAGUGUUCAGCCUGCUCCGGACCAACACGAUCCUGGAUUACCCAGAAUGCAGUUCACUUCGUGUAACCAGCCAAUCACGUGUCUUUGUUGUAAUGCGUUGGUUCUGAUCCUGCACUGUUUUUAUCUUUGACCUGAUGUGAGCCCGUUUCUAGAUCAGAGUCAGCAGCCGGGUUCUACCGUCUGCUCCGGUUCUGCUCCGGUUCUGCUCGGCUGAACACUGAAUAAACAACAACUUCUACAGAUUUCAGCCCAGAGUUCUGCAGCUGCUACAAAAAGUGCCUUGUUUGUACGGUGGACCUGAGCGGUUCUGUUUGGACCAGAACCAGAACAGAGCCGGUCCGGCUGUUCGACUGCAGCUGCUGCUUCAUGUAAUAAAGCUGAUUCAUCGUCCGCUGCGUGCUUUGUUCUGAUAGAAGGCUUUUAUUGUUGAGGGUGACAGGGUUCCUGCUGUGGGGUCAAAGGUCAGCAGGUAAACACCUGAGAGCUGUGGCUCCGCCCACAGAGAACCAGAACCAAUCGUUCAAAAAUAAUGAUUUAUUUUUUAUCUUUGCGUGAAAAAAGAAACAAAGUUGUGUUUAUUGGAGGACAGGCAGCAACUCAAGGUGAUUAAACUUUAAAACAUUUGAUAAAAUAUACUUAAACCUGAAUAAACAUCAGAUUAUUAAUAACUUCUAACAAAUAAUGCAGUUAAUUAUAUUAUGAAAUAAAAAAACAUUUAAUAUCUGAAGAAAUAAAAAAAAACUGCACACAAACAUGUUCCGGUUUAUAAUUUUAUCCUUUAACCUCUAAAUCCUGGUAGAUGACGUCACAGUGCUGCCCCCUGCUGGUGGGAAGAUGAACUGCUUCAAUUAAGCACUUUAAUGCUUUAAAGUUCAUCUGGUCAAAAAAAUCCAAAUAUAAUUUACUCAUUGUUCAACGAAGAAGAAAUUCUAAACUGUAAUCUCACUUAAAUUAAUAAAAAAUAAUCUGUA